ACUCGUCGUCUGCGCAAGCCGGAUAGUAUACCAACGUGUCCUAUCUACUCCCACGAGUAGCUCGAUAUAGCGCGAGCGACGCAACAUAAGUUAGUACAACGUGUUAAAUCAUCGAUGAAUACGCAACGCAAAAUGGAGUAAUCGAGAGGUGUCAUCCAGAAAGAGGUACGACCGAAUCGAAAAUUUGAGGCAAAUCCAUCAACAUGGGCCUCAAGGACUUCCGUAUAGUAUUUGACAAUCAAUGGAGUACGUAUUACCCGGGGCAAAACGUGACAGGCAACAUCGUCAUCGUCCUGGAUAGCACAAAAAAAAUUCGCGGUAUAAGUGUGAAAAUAAAGGGGGAAGCGAAUACUUGUUGGACGACCGACAAACAAGAGAUGGACGAGAGGGGACAAUAUCAUGAUGAAACUCAAACUGUUACGGCGCACGAAGAAUAUUUUGAAAUGAAAUACUACUUGGUUGGAUCGGCCUCGGGUGGAGAAAUUGAAAUACAAUCAGGAGAACACAAAUUUCCAUUUACAUGUUCUUUACCGACAAAUUUGCCGAGCAGCUUUGAAUCUGACUUUGGACACGUUCGAUAUAUCAUUAAAGCUACCUUGGAUCGUCCUUGGAAAUUUGAUCAAGAAGUUAAGAGUCCUUUUACAGUCAUCGCUCCCUUGGAUUUGAAUAAAGAACCCAGAGCGGCUGAACCUGUGAAGCAAGAAAUGUCCAAGACGUUUUGUUGCUUAUGCUGUGGCACGCCACCUUUAACCGUAAACUUUUCGCUACCGGUUCGAGGAUAUGUGCCUGGGCAAUCGAUGCCGAUAAAGAUAAAUGUGGAGAAUUUGUCAAACGUCGUGGUAAACAACAUCAAGCUUGCGCUCUGUAAGGUCGUGACUUUUCGAGCUAAUACACCACGUGUAGACACCAAAACGGAGGAAAUCGUAGUGGCGGAAGUCAGCAAAGGACCAGUCGAGGGAGGUGGAACCGCCGAUUACGAGCAACAUUUGGACAUUCCGCCUCUUCCACCAUCGAACCUCGCUAAUUGCAAUAUUAUUGAUCUCGAAUAUAAUCUAAAAGUUCAAGCAUGCGUCGAAGGAUGGUAUCAUCGAAAUUUAUCCGCCAACACGCUUAUUUUCGUGGGAACGAUCCCGCUCGCUCUUUAUCAUGCUCCAAGUGCUCCGCCUAUUGAAACGGAUGGCGAUAAUUCAGCAAAACCUGAAGCUGGUUUCGUAAUACCUUCGGAGAAUAAUGCGCUGCCUCCAUUACCCGAGUCCAAUUUGUAUCCAAAUUUACCUCCGCCAUCCUACGAGGAGUCGUUAACUGGGGCCAGAAAUCUUCGCGAACGAGGAGAAUCGGAAUAUGUUUAUGGCUUGUCUAAUCGGUUUGCACCAAGAUACCCGGUAUAUAACUUUGCUCCCACGCAGAAUUAAAAGAGGGAACGAAAGAUACCGCUAUAUCGAGAUUGGCUUUUUGCAAAAUUCUUGAAACACGUAUUUUACUGCUCUGGCGAUAGAAGUUUUCAAGAAUGCAACGUAAAUUGCAAAAUAUUCAUAUAUACUCAGCUUUAAAUAGCCAUUUCUAAUCAGCGUUUGGGAAACAUAUGAAUUAUAAAGCGCACAAUUUUUUACGUAUAUAAUCCAGUGAACAAACGAACAAAGCUUCUCUAUAGUUGGCAUUUAUAUUUUUUUACAUAUAUCGAGCGCAGGGUAACGGUUAUCUAACAAACUCUCUGAGAGAGUAUAUUUAUUUAUAUUAAUAUAUUUAUACAGAUUUACAUAUAUAAAUAAGUACGAUUUUGUAUAUAAAACUAUAUCGAAUUAUGAGACAAGGAUUUUAGAUGUUGAUUACAUUAGCACUUUUGUAAGCGCACACUUUUCAAAACAAUGCACAUAAGUUCCUCUGUAUGAAUUAGAAUCAUAGUGACAUAUAGUGAAAUAAAAGAUCGAAUUCAUCACGAA